AUGAACAACUCGAAAUAUAAUGAAGAUUUUUCAACUUUAAUCCUAAUUAACCGAAUUGUCUAUCAUGAUUAUUUUCUUUUUCUAAUCAUUGCUGGUACUUGCGGAAAUCUGUUAACAGCCAUCACACUUCUCCGUGCGAAAUUACGUAAAUAUACGACAUGUCAAUUCAUGGCUGUUUGCACUCUAUUAAAUAUCGGCGUUUUGUUAACAAAUACAAUGAAUAUGCUACUCUCAGUCGGUUAUGGAAUUCAUUUCCGGAGUUUGUUCGAUCUUGGUUGGUGUCGUGUCAAUGUGUUCAUUGCACAAUGGAUACGGGGUAUGGCUUCGUGGUUUCUCGUCAUCGUGGCAUUCGAUCGUUUUCGACAAUCGAAAAUCAUCCGACGCACACCAGCAAGAGAUCAACGUACCGUAUCCCAUACGAUUAUCAUUACUAGUUUACUAUUGCUAAUAACAAACUUACAUUAUCUUCUCUUUACCGGUGAACAAGUGCCGUUGAGUAACAAAACAUUAUUUCUUGCUUGUAUUUUUCACAAGAAUAGUGAAAAUCCUGCUCAGCGAUUCUUUGCAUCGACAAAUGCUUGGCAGGAGUUAGUAACAAUCAUCAUUGUUCCGUGCAUAUUAACAUUAAUUUUGAAUAUAUUUAUCAUCAAAAAGUCAUUUCUCAAUCCGACGAAUAACGAACAUCUGAAAUCGCGAUCGAAGAGUCGAACACGCCGAGUGACAACGAUGUUGUUAACGUCAAAUAUCGGUUUCUUAGCCAUGGUCGCACCUGCGCAAAUAUUCAUUGCGCUUUUGUUUGACCCUGAACUUGGAGUUGAGACACCGAGUAUACACAAAUCAUUUAUGAUUAAAGUUGCAAUAUUCCAAUGUCUAAUUAAUACUUAUUAUGCAGCAUCAUUCGUCUUUUGUUUCGCAUCCUCGUCGAUCUUUCGUCGGGAAAUUAAGAAGCUUCUACACAAACGCUAUAAACCCAAACAUGGCAUUAACCGAGGAAUUAGCGGACCAUUGUCAUCGCACGAAAUUCGACCGUUUCUUCUUCAAACACAAAUAAGUAUAGCUAACGGAUCAAGUAAUAGUCGAAUUACUGAGUAUGCACUUGAGCGAACAAAUCCUAUUCGAGCAACUCAAUCAACGAUUGAAGGUGAUACUCCAACUGAACAUUAG